UGCCUCGCUCGAUUUAUCAAAGUCAGAACUCAGAAGCCUCUUGCGAAUUAUUCCCUCUCCUCUCUUUCCCCUACUCUUCUCAUCAACGCGAGACACCCAAUUAUUUCCCCAUUCGCCGCGGCGAUGUCUUCCACCGUCAGAAUGAUAGACAUUGCCGUCAACCUCACAGAUAAUAUGUUCAAGGGGAUAUACAAUGGCAGGCAAUAUCACGUGGCAGACAUCCCGGCUGUGCUGGCCAGGGCGUGGAGUGCCGGCGUCGACCGCAUCAUCGUCACAGGGGGUUCGCUUGAGGAAUCAAAGGAGGCCCUCGCCAUCGCAGAGACCGAUGGACGACUCUUCUGUACAGUUGGUGUGCAUCCCACUAGAUGCAAGGAGUUUGAAGAGAGUGGUGAUCCUGAGAAGCACUUUCAGACACUUGUGUCGUUGGCCAAAGAGGGAAUUCAGAAAGGGAAGGUGGUGGCAGUUGGUGAAUGUGGACUGGAUUAUGACAGGCUUCAAUUCUGCCCUUCUGAAACACAGAAGAAGUACUUUGAAAAGCAAUUCGAAUUGGCAGAGGCUGUGAAACUACCCAUGUUUCUGCACAUGCGUGCUGCUGCUGAAGACUUUUGUAACAUUUUAGCUCAAAAUAAGCACAGGUUCAGUGCUGGGGUUGCUCAUUCAUUUACUGGUAGUGCAGAAGAUCGUGACAAACUUCUAUCAUUUGAUAAUCUUUUUAUAGGUGUUAAUGGGUGCUCUUUGAAGACAACUGAGAAUCUUGAUGUUCUGAGAGGCAUUCCAAUUGAGAGGAUGAUGAUAGAGACAGACUCACCAUACUGUGGAAUCAAGAAUACUCAUGCCGGCAUAAAAUUUGUGAAAUCAGUCUGGCCUUCUAAGAAAAAAGAGAAGUAUGAGCCUGACUCAACUGUUAAAGAUCGCAAUGAGCCUUGUAUAGUUAGGCAAGUCCUUGAGGUGGUUGCUGGUUGUAAAGGUAUUGGUGAUGCAGAACACUUGAGCAAAACAUUAUACCAUAAUACUUGCAGGGUCUUCUUUCCCCAAGACUUAGAUACAGCUGCAGAUGCUCUUCUAGAAAGUGGUCUUAACAUCCAGUGAAGAACUUGUAUGAAUUUGGCAGAAGAGGGACGUGUAUCCAUCAUGGUGAUCACUAAACAAGUCAUAUCACAAAUGACUAGUGCCAAAAUUGAAGUUCUCCAUGGUUUUUUUUUCAUGUUCUGCGAUAUACUUUUUUAUUUUUUUUAUUAUUAUACUUCCAAACAUGUUGAGACUGUACGUAUAUAUGACUUUCUAUCUCAGUAGUUUGCAGCUGCAUUGCAGCAAUGAAAUAAGCUGUGAAAUUUUUUGAUGUUU